UGGGAAGAUGCAAUCUGAAUUUUCGAUGUGAUUUUGUUCUUGAUACAUUGAUCCUGCAGAAGAGUUCUGCAUCGAUAAAUCGAGGAUAUUUUACUGCCCCAAGUGUAGAAACCAUAGCAAAUUUUUAAUUGUCGUAAUAUGGCGGCUUUCAAUGGAGUUCGUGUGCUACCAGAUAUACCGAAGAACGUACCGAACAUGGAAACUUUAAUCCAAGAGUUCGAGACAGGCCCUAGAUCGUCCAGUCGCCAGAACACCGUUUCAGAAUCGUCGACUUCAAACGGUGGCAGCUUCGUUAAGAAGAUUGUCGAAGCUUACGAGUCGAGUAUUAGAGCAUCUAUUGAAAAUAUUGAAGAAGAACACGCUAGCAAAAGAUCCGGUCUUUUUAACACCAUCCGAAACCAGAAGAACAUAGAAAAGAGCGAUUCAAGUCCCUCGAUAUACGGCGAACUCGGCAGUAAUCUUAAAAAUACAUCCGAGAUAUCUUCCGUGUCUUCCGUCGUCAAGAAGCACGAUCUCGAAGACGAUUUCGUGAUGCCUAAUCGCUGCCAUUCGAAGAACGACAAAAUGACAGACAUUUUAAAGACGUGGUCGGGAAUCUCUUCCAAGAUAAAUAAGUAUGGUUUUAUGAGAGAAUUGACGAAUAUUCGACCCAAUUCCUCGAAAAAAAGCGAAACUGAAACUCUGAAGAGGAAAGGUCAAAUAUUCUAUAGUCCCUCGGAAAGCGAGGGAAAAUAUAAAUCGAAAAAUAAUAUGCCGCUGAUCUGCUCGAGUCCUUUGGAGGAUGUUAACGACAAAGAUAUGGACUAUGAGGUGGAUCCUCUUGACAAUAUCUUGACGAAUUCUCGUGAUUCGAGUAAUGCUAGCAAUAAUAGUUACAAGAAUUUACAAGUCGAUUUGUACGAUUUCGAGAACGAAGAUUGCAAAUUUGAAUUAUCCUUAACUUCAUCGCAAUCGUUGAGUUCUUCCUCGAGAUCGUUGUGUGACGACACGUCGAGCAGUCAUGCCAAUGAUAAUUUGCUGUUAGAGUCAUCCUUCCAAGACAUUACCGUUGUACCUUCCAAAGAUGUUUUAAACGAUCACAAGAAUCCUCAGGCUGUGGAACAGAUAUUAAAACCCUGCUCCGACUUCAAUCGAGAAUCGCCGCGAGUGAUCGGCGUUUCGCUGAAGCGGCCGAUCGAGAUCGACAAUGAUACCUCCGUGACAUGGAUACCGGUGCUGGACGAGAAGUUGCCGCAAAAGAAGUCAUUGAAGAAGAUACUGUCAGUGUUUAAUCGAGCUAAGCUAUCGUUAAAUCACAGGAAGAUCGGCAAGAAAUCGAAGGAGAAGCAAUCGAAGAAACAACAUAUUUUUGACUCGGGAUUUAUCGAACAAUGUCCGUCUGUGUCAUCUUCCUCUUCCCAACAAUCCUGGCACUCUGAUGCCAGUCACGUCGACGACGAGCCAUCGACGCAACCGACUUUCGGAACAUUUGGCCGUCCGAAAUGCGUCAGUGAGCAUUGCACUGAGAGGACGGUCGAGAAUCGGAUAAUGUUGACCGAAAUACUUAAUGCUCCGCAGCUCGCAAGCGAUUUUGUACCUUCCGAUCCGAAUUCCUGGAUAUCCCCGCGCAGUUCAGCUUAUUUGGGCAAAGAGUACCGUCAGGACGUCGAAUCCUCCUCGGAGAGAAAUACGAGCACUGCGAGUUUUUCGAAGUCGAGGUUUUUCUGCAGAUACCCAUCUCUUCCUAAGCACCCACAUUUGAUCCGCAGUAGCAUCCCCAAGCAUCCUUUUGUUGCGCAGACGAAAAUGGAUCAGAUAGAGGAGGAGGAAGCGAUGGCAGAGAAAACGAUGCGGUGUAACGAAAAGGUCGAACAAAAACCUGAUACGCUUGAAUUGACAAUGAGAUGUUCGACUACAUUGCCCAUACCUGUGCCUCAAUCUGCAUUAAACAUCUCGUAUCUCAGGACGCCCAAAUGCACGGAUUCAUCUACGAGUAGCAAUUAUGAUCUGCCAAAGUAA